ACAGCGCAACCUGCAGGCAGGAAGUCUUCCUGAUAACUGCUGAUGUGAACGCACGAGCUGCCAUCAUUGGACAGCAGAGCGCCGAACCCGGUAGAUAGAAAUACUUCUUUUUUUAUAUUUAUUGUCCCUUGCUUUAAACAAAGCAUGGCUCUUUUGGAAGUGAGUGGAUCUUCAUCUUUUUCCGGUUUUGGCUCCCAGUUCAGCUCAAAUCGGACGCUCUUUAUUGAUCGCCCCAAUCACUACAGCUUUGGGACAAAAUCUCAGGAAUUUGCUGUACCAGUUGGAGUUGAUCCAUCAGCUUUUCUGAAAUCAUGCAGUUGUGAUGGUGGGAUCUCUAUAGACUUAAACCAUGGCACUACGACACUGGCUUUUAAGUUCCGCCAUGGCGUUAUCGUAGCCGUCGACUCCAGGGCCUCAGCUGGACGCUAUAUUGAUUCAAAGGAGGCAAAUAAGGUAAUCGAGAUCAACCCUUACCUGCUGGGCACCAUGUCUGGUAGUGCAGCAGACUGCCAGUACUGGGAGAGACUUCUGGCUAAGGAGUGCAGGCUUUACCAGCUCCGUAACCAGCAGAGGAUCUCGGUGUCUGCAGCUUCCAAGCUGCUGUCCAACAUGAUGCUUGGAUAUAGAGGCAUGGGCCUGUCCAUGGGUAGCAUGAUCAUUGGCUGGGACAAGAAGGGCCCUGGUCUGUAUUAUGUAGAUAACAAUGGAACUCGUCUCUCAGGCCAAAUGUUUUCCACGGGCUGUGGAAACAGCUAUGCAUAUGGAGUGAUAGACAGUGGGUACCGUGAGGAUAUGACCGUGGAAGAGGCGUGCGAGCUUGGCCGUCGUGGCAUUGCUCACGCCACACACAGGGAUGCCUACUCUGGUGGAGUCGUAAACCUCUAUCACAUGCAGAAGGACGGUUGGGUUAAGGUGUGCAAGGAGGAUGUAUCCGAGUUAAUCCAUAAGUACAGGAAAGGAAUGUUCUGAACCCACAAGAGCUUUGAUACUAAGUCACACACUAGUAGCACUGUGUCUGCAGUAAUUCAUUCAUAAAAUAAAGAUGGCUUUCAAAACAAA